GAUAUAGGAGAUAAGGUACGUCUGGAAACGCAAUAAAUAUUAUUAAGAUGUGGCAACUGACCGGUGACUCGAGGUGGGCAGUUGCCAGUCAGUGUUGUGCAGCCGCGGGGAGCAGGUGUGGUUCCCGGCUCUGUCCCUCUGUCCUUUUCUGUAGACCCAAGAUGUCGCUGUUAGCAACAGUUAAAAACCCGCGUUUGUAUGUGUUUACGCUGGUCUCUGCCUUUCUCCUGGUGGUGCUCUUGUACAUAGGACAGGAGCACAUCGUCGACUACACAGGCCAGACACACUCUCAAG